CGUAUUUACUCGACGCUCAACACCGUUUGCUUUAACUGUGAGAUGCUUAACCGGUGCUCUGUUGCUUUAACCUUGCGUGAUACAUAGACUAGAAUAGAUGCAUGUGUAUUUUAAUCACCUAUACCUACAGCUAAUUAAAAACUUACAGCAGUUUCUUCCCGUUCAUUCGCUUAAACGUACUUUCAGCUAAGGUGGCUAAUGCUAACCAGUUAGCCACCAUCCUGUUAGCAGAGAGACAGUGGAUCAGACAGGAGGUCCAUGUGGUUAAAGAGUUUGUUUUAUUUACGGUGACACUUGUCUUACCGUUUAAUGAAGAUUUAUAAAGAAACUCGCUUGUAUAUGUAAGGAAAAUCCCCACAGAAUGAGGGCCUUUUUUAGUGCUAAAACUCAGCAGUUAAUCAGCAGAGUCUUCAUUCAUCCUGUCAGUCCAGCAGCAGUAGGAUGGCGAGCAGCUCAGUCAAGAUUCUUCUGCAGUGCUCCAACAGGUGAGGAAAAGCCCCGCCCCUCCAUGCUGAGACACCUGACCUCCAAAAUAAAAGCCACAGGUCCGAUUACAGUGGCUGAGUACAUGAGAGAGGUGCUCACCAACCCUGUGACGGGCUAUUAUGUGAGGAACAACAUGCUGGGACCUGAAGGAGAUUUCAUCACAUCACCAGAAAUCAGUCAGAUUUUUGGAGAGCUGAUCGGCGUGUGGAUCAUCAGUGAGUGGAUGGGAGCCGGCCAACCCAAACAGCUUCAGCUGGUCGAGCUCGGACCAGGGAAAGGAUCUCUGGCCAGUGACGUCCUCAGAGUGUUCAGUCAGCUCCAGCCCGUUCUCAGAGAGGCCUCUGUGUCCGUCCACCUGGUGGAGGUGAGUCCGGCUCUGAGUCUUAUUCAGGCCCAGAGUCUGACUGGGAAUCAGAGCCAGGAGGCGGACACAGAGGAUGAGCCGGUGUACCGCCUUGGGGAGACUGCUGCUGGGCUGCCGGUGAGGUGGUACCACCGUCUGGAUGAUGUUCCUGCAGGUUUCAGCAUCUUUCUUGCUCAUGAAUUCUUCGAUGCUCUGCCCAUCCACAAAUUUCAGAGGACGGAGAAAGGCUGGAGGGAGGUGCUGGUCGACAUUGACCCUCAGAAACCGGAGCAGCUGAGGUUCGUCUUGGCUCUGGCUGCCACUCUGGCCUCGUCCACGCUCCUACAGGCAGGUGAGAGGCGGAAUCACGUGGAGGUGUGCGCAGAAGGCGGAGCCAUCGUCCAGCAGCUGGCUCGGAGGAUCACAGAGGACGGCGGGGCGGCGCUGAUCGCUGACUACGGACACGAUGGAACCAAAACGGACACGUUCAGAGGUUUUAAAGGUCACCAGCUCCAUGACGUCCUGUCCUCCCCCGGUUCAGCCGACCUCACUGCUGACGUGGACUUCAGCUACCUGCGGAGGAUGGCGGGAGGGGGCGUGGCCUGUCUGGGACCCAUCAGUCAGAGGGCGUUCCUGAAAAACAUGGGCAUCGACUCACGAAUGCAGGUUCUUCUGAGGAACUGCAGAGAGGCGUCCACCAGGCAGCAGCUGAUCAGCAGCUACGACAUGCUGACAAACCCGGCCAGGAUGGGCGAGCGCUUCCACUUCUUCAGCCUGCUGCACCCCAGCCGACUGGAGAAACCCAAGAGACCGGAGGGGCUGAAGCUGGAGAAGAAGCCGAGCCCGGCACCGCUGCCCGUGGCUGGAUUUACUGAGCUGAGCUUCUCCUGAGACGAACGGAUCUGUAAAACCUGGAAAUGCUCGGACUUUAUCUGGAGAUAAAAAGAGGAUUUCAGAAGAGUUCUGGAGCUCUGACAUUUCACAAACUUUGAUCCAGAGGAUCAGGGAAUGCUGUUUUUUGAAGAUGAGAGUAUUUAUGCACAAAGAGUCAAAGUGUUUGUAAUUUAUAGGAAAAGAAGAAAGUUGCUCUACUUUACUGAUUUGAAGUAAAAACCUGCUUCUUUA